GGCAGACGUGCUCCGACCAAGAAAAUCUUAAUCUGUUUUUUUUUUUUAAUAAUAUUUAACAAAAAGGUUUUAUACUUAAGCUUCAAACACGUUGCGUCCAAGUGAUAGUGUGUCCAUCGUUGAAAGUUUGGCGUGUAACUUGAUAUUUGAUUACAAAGAACCAGAAUCCAGAAUGACUCUAGAACAACCAACUGGUGAAAUGUGGCAGAAGAUCCGCGAGGAGUUGAACGAGAACCCUGACACAAAGGGGCAGGACCUCGCCCACAUCAAGGAAUGGCUGAAGAAGGAACCUCAUCUACCUGAUGAGUUUGAUGACCAACGUAUCAUGACCUUCCUCAGAGGCUGCAAGUUCUCCCUUGAGAAAUGCAAACGUAAACUGGACAUGUACUUCACCAUGAGAUCAGCGGUUCCAGAAUUCUUCACUGACCGAGACAUCACUCGCCCCGAGCUACAGGAAAUAAUUAAGAUUGUCCAAAUGCCGCCUAUGCCUGGUCUUACUCCUGAUGGUCGUCGAGUCAUCCUUAUGAGAGGUGUUGAAAAGGAUGUUCAGACACCAAACGUAGCAAACGCCUUCAAACUGGCCCUAAUGUUAGGCGAUGUGAGACUUAAUGAAGAAAAGGAAGGUGUUGCUGGUGAUAUUUAUAUCUUGGACGCAUCUGUGGCUACACCCAACCACUUCGCCAAAUUCACGCCAACGUUGGUGAAGAAAUUCUUAGUGUGUGUACAGGAAGCAUACCCAGUAAAGUUAAAGCAAGUGCACGUCAUCAACAUAUCGCCGCUGGUAGACAAGAUUGUGAACUUUGUCAAGCCUUUCCUCAAAGAAAAGAUCAGAGAAAGGAUCUUCAUCCACAGUGACGUCAACGAUUUGUACAAGCAUGUGCCCCAGGAUAUGCUUCCUAGUGAAUAUGGUGGCAAAGCUGGUCCUAUGAAUGACCUUCAUGAUGCCUGGGUCAAGAAGCUAGAAGAAUACAAAGGCUGGUUCGCUGACCAAGAACAGUACAAAGCAGAUGAGGCUCUUAGACCAGGAAAGCCUACUAACUACGACGAACUCUUUGGAAUAGAUGGAUCUUUCCGUCAAUUAGUCAUAGAUUAGAAGGAAAAAGUAUAUUAUGGAGUUUAGUAUCCAGAAUUAAUUGAACGUAUUCCAAAUAAUUGAAAAUUUUUAUUUACCUGCUGGGCAUUGACCCUUGUUAGAAAGAGGUCGUUAUAUGAUACGUAGACUUAAAUGCUGCUAGUAAAAAUCGAUAUAUUUGAUCAAAAGAAAAAACUAUUGUUGUCCCUUUUUACCUCUAAUAUUGCAUGUUUAGGUUUUAUCAAAAAAAUUAAAAAGUUUCGAAGUAAAUUACAAAUAGUUCAAUUAAUUAAAACGACUCCAUGCAUAAUUCUUUCUCCAAAUAAUAUCCAUUCAAGUUAAGUUGCCUCCUGUAGUUCACUAAGUUGCGUAAUCAGACUGUCAAUUUUAACUUGUCUGGGUUAUAUAGCGUCUUUUUACUAUCGCACUUCUGUAUUUGCAUUUGAUAUUUGACAAAAUGCUAUGAUAUCAACCAAAGUAGAUUGCUCAUUAUUUUUUAUUGUUAUAUUGU